AUUAACCUUUAUUAAUUCUUGACAAUAAAUGAAAGAAUACAAUUUUUAUUCUUGCUUCAUUUAGAUUAUUUGUAGUUUCAUGUGUGUUGGUAAAAGUUGUUUCCUUAAUAUUCUGAUUUCGUAAAAACAACCUAUCCCAGAAGAAAAUAAUGAACGUUUUAAGGAGAAGAAGCUAUUUAAGACAAAACUUACUCCGAUUCGUAUCAUUGGAAGCCAGGCCAAGAUCAUUAAUAAUAAGUUCCAAAAAUGUUUUAGAAAAAAAUCUACAAACCGCCAAAUUAUCACCAACCUGCCCCUUAAAUAAUUAUAGCCUAUGUCGUUGUAAGUCCAAAAAGCAAGCUGAUCCUGAUUCUGACGAUGAAUCUGAAAUCUUAGACAAUAAUGAUGUGUCACUCUCAAGAGAUUCUAAAGUUAUAAAAUUUAACACAACUUCUUUGAGGACUGAUGCAAUACUUAAGGCAGCUCUGGGUGUUGCUAGGAAUAAAAUAGAAACCAUAUUUUAUGACAGUAAAAUAAGGGUAAAUGGCAAAAAGAUCCUAAAGAAAAGUGCUCCUGUGAGGAUAGACUAUGAAAUAGAUGUUAUAAAAAGUGUUAGCCCAAAGAAUCCGGAGCACUUAUAUGUGUCAAGGAUUGAAAUAAUAAAUCUAGCAGCAAAAGAAGAUGCAAUCGUAGUCACAGCGAGGAGAUUUAAAACACUACUCAUAGAAAAUUAUGAAACAGAUCCUUACAAGCCUUCCACAGCUGAUGAAGACAAAUAAAACAUGUAUAUAUGUAUAUAGUGUUAUUUACAAUGAUUGGUUAAAAUACCUAUUAAUAAUAUUUCUUUAAAUUCAUGAUUUCAUAUAUCCAAGUCAAUUUCACAGUCGGAACUCUCAAACAUUGAAAUUUGUGAACUUGAUCCUGAUUUUAUUGAUUUAGUUAAAAUAUUUUUUUCUGUUACACUUUUUGUGGAUCGAUUAUUAGGAUUUUCAUUGUAGAAUCUAUUUAAAUCAGAACUUUCUAUGAAUAUGAAUUGAUUUAAUUUG